AUGACUGGCUGUGCGCUUGUUAGGGUCCUGCUGCUGCAAUGCUUGCUCUUGCUGAGCCUGAGUGGCUCCCUGGGCCAGCAGGACUGCACCGGCGUGGACUGCCCCGAGCUGGACAACUGCAUCAAGGAGUCGCUGGCCGGCGACGCGUGUUGCGCCACCUGCGUGCAGAAAGGCUGCACCUGCCAGGGCUACCAGUACUACGACUGCGUCAACGCCGGCUUCCGCAACGGGAAGGUGGGCGAGGGCGAGUCCUACUUCGUGGACUUCGGCAGCACGGAGUGCGCGUGCCCCGAGGGCGGCGGGCGGAUCAGCUGCCACUUCAUCCCCUGCCCGGACGUCCCGGCCAACUGCAUCGAGCUGUCGGAGCCGGCCGACGGCUGCAUCCAGUGCAAGCGCAUCGGCUGCGUGCACGAGGAGCACCAGUACGAGGCGGGCCACUCCUUCCACAUGGACCCGUGCCAGGUGUGCCACUGCCCCAACGACGGCGGGAGCCUCAUGUGCUAUCCCAUCCCGGACUGCGACCCGCGGAACAUCGAGAAGCCGAUGCUGGCCACGACCGAGGAGAACGCGCACGAGAGGCUCCACAACAACCCCCUGCAGUUCAUCUUCCAGCACCAGGGCCCGAGGGAUCACCUGUCCAAGCCUUUUCGGCCGGCCCACGGAGACCCCCUCCCCGUCCUCCCUCUCUUCACCCAGCACCCAAACAACCUCGAGGACGAGGAGGAGGAGGAGGAGGUGGACUACGACUACAUGCCCACGGACACCCCGGGGCCGCCGCUCCUGGACGUGGCUGCCCCCACCAAGUCCUCCAUCGUCUCCGUGUCCUACCCGGAGUCCUUCACUCCGCGCGGGCCGAGUCUUUACAGGGACGUGAAGCAAGAGCUCAGAGAGACGUUCGCCGUUCAUCACGUGGCGACGCCCCGCGUCGAGACCACUCAAGCCCCGGCGACGACGACCCUUCAGCAGACCACCCCGCGGCACCGUGGAGACUUCACCACUGCCUCCUGGCAGAGAGCCUUUGAGAACAUAGUGUUCCCACUGAGGACCUCUUAUGCAGAAGACCACGAUGAGGAUGUAGGAGGAGAAGGCGACUUUGACGAAGACGAACACGAGAUGGAGGAGGCAGAGGACAGAACCGUAGCUUCGCAUGGCUUCCCUCCGUUUACGCACGGAGGAAAGCGCACGUCCUCCUUUGGAGGUCACAGACAUGAUGACAAAAAGACACAGACCAGGCCAGUGGUGCCGGAUAUCAGCAGCUUUUCCGACCGUGGAAACAACAAACCUACGCAGACCAGGCCUGUGAUACUGGACACUGCUUUGCCGAUCGUGGACAGAGCAAGCCUACGCAGACCAGGCCUGCUAUACCGGACACUGCCAGCUUUGCUGAUCGUGGUCAAAGCAGGCCUACGCAGACCAGGCCUGUGA